GACAUAUGGUACUGACGCAAUGCUCUCUCCGGCGCUGGCUCGCGUGCGUGGUCCACAGACAAUGUGACUUUAGUAGCUGCUAACACAUGUUAUUGUGACCCAAAAUGGCGGAGGGUUUCACUCUGUUUCUUCUGUCUGGGAUGUUGAUGUGUGGUCUGCUGCUCCACACGGUGUCCCGACAUGGAGCCAGUGUUGCUGAGCGCCGUAAGAAGCCCAAUUUCAUCAUCAUACUGGCAGAUGAUAUAGGCUGGGGUGACCUGGAUGCGAAUCAGCAUGAAAAGAAGAUAAACAACACCCCUUACCUCAACCUGAUGGCUGAGCGAGGACAAAGAUUGACAGACUUCCAUUCGCCUGCCUCAACCUGCUCGCCCUCCCGUGCUGCCAUCCUGACCGGUCGCUACGGCCUGAGAAACGGGGUGACUCAUAACUUUGCUGUGGGUUCAGUGGCCGGUCUGCCUCUGUCUGAAGUCACCUUGCCCCAGCUCCUACAGAAGGAGGGGUAUUACACCGCCAUGAUCGGAAAAUGGCAUCUCGGCCACAAUGGACCGUACGGUCCAACUAACAGAGGUUUUGACUACUACCUAGGUAUUCCUUACAGUAAUGACAUGGGCUGUACUGACACACCUGGAUAUAACUGGCCACCGUGUCCCCCCUGUGACUCAUCUGGACCCCAAGUGAUCAGAUUGAAGAGGAGUGUACAUGGGGGCUGUUAUUCCAAAGUGGGCCUUCCUCUGAUUGAAAACAGCAGUAUUGUGCAGCAACCGCUUGACCUGUGGACCCUCACAGAGCAAUACAAAUCCUGCUGCAACCAGGAUUAUACGCAAUGCAAGGUACAAUACAGGCAGCCCUAUCUCCUCUACAUAGCGUUGGCUCACAUGCAUGUUCCCCUGGCCCCUCCACUCCCCCCCGAUGACGGCAAAGUGUACACUGCCAGCCUGCGAGAGAUGGACAGCCUGGUGGGGGCGGUAAAGAGCGCCUCGGACGACACAGACAAAGACAAUACUCUCAUCUGGUUCACCGGUGACAACGGUCCUUGGGAACAGAAGUGCCAGUACGCAGGAAGUGUAGGACCUUUCAUGGGAAAGUGGCAGACCAGCAGAGGUGGAGGCUCGGCUAAGCGGACCACCUGGGAGGGAGGUCACAGGGUGCCGGCUGUGGCGUAUUGGCCGGGGAGAAUCCCUGCAAACUCCACCAGCUCCGCCCUGCUCAGCGGUAUGGACAUCUUCCCAACCCUCCUGUCCCUGGCGGGGGUCACGCCGCCUUCAGACCGACGUUACGAUGGCAUUGACGCCACAGAUAUCCUCCUGCAUGGUGAGCAGACUGGUCAUGAGUUUCUCUUCCACCCUAACAGUGGAGCUGCUGGGAGGUUCGGUGACCUGCAGAGUGUUCGAUCAGGGAAACACAAAGCCUUUUACAUCACAGGUGCAGCUGAGGCGUGUGGUGGUGCGACAGGAAGGCCGCAGCUCCACGACCCCCCGUUGAUAUUUGAUCUGGAGUGCGACGAGUCUGAGGAAACACCCCUGAAGACAGAGACGCCUGAAUACCAGGCGGCAGCGCAGAGGAUCGCCCGCAGGAGGGAGAAGUUGUUAUGGGACAUUGCCACCGACAAGUCUGUGUCUGCAGCAGACUACAGCACAGACGCAUCAGCGGCGCCCUGCUGCGAGCCUGGACAAGCUGCCUGCCGCUGCCACACACUGGGCUGAGGUGUGGGGAAACCAAACACACAAACACACACACACACCACAAUAAGGUGAAAUAUCUCCUCUAGCUCGGCUGUUUGUUUGUAGAACCUGUUUUCGGGAGGUUCAAUGUGCAGAUGCAGCAGGAGACGAGCAAACAAGCAGAGAGCAAAGAGAUGCUGAACUUUGUCGUUGGUA